UUCAUACCUCACUCUGCUCCUGUGAGAGCGUGUUUACAGCAUCUGCGCCGCAGGACGGGAGUCUCGUAUCAGUGCGCGCGGAUCUACUUUCUCGCGCGGAGGAGUCCGGCAGCGCUCCGAGAAGUUGCCCGGAGUGAAUCUGACCGGCCGAAGACGCAGAGAUUCACGAGCUUUCCCUCAAUAUCCUCGUCUAACGGCUCAAGCAACUCAGAGGAACAGAACACGAACACAACUCUUCAUCUGCGCCCCCCUCCUCCUCAUCUUCCUCCUCUCCUCUCCGUGAGAAUGGCGCAGAUUUUACCGAUCCGCUUCCAGGAGCAUCUGCAGCUGCAGACGCUGGGAGUGAGUCCAGCCAGCAUCAGCUUCAGCUGCUUGACCAUGGAGUCGGACCGCUUCAUCUGCAUCCGAGAGAAGGUGGGCGAGCAGAAUCAGGUGCUGAUCGUGGACCUGAGCGACCCGAGCGAGCCGAUCCGCCGGCCGAUCACGGCAGACAGCGCCAUCAUGAACCCGGCCAGCAAAGUCAUCGCUCUGAAAGAUGCGGCGCGGACGCUGCAGAUCUUUAACAUGGAGAUGAAGAGUAAAGUGAAGGCUCACACUAUGACGGAUGAAGUCCUGUUCUGGAGGUGGAUCUCGGUUAACACCAUCGCCCUGGUUACGGACACGGCCCAGAAUCGGGUCGUCGGUGCCAUGCAGUUGUUCUCUGUGGACCGGAAGGUUUCUCAGCCCAUCGAGGGUCACUCGGCUGCGUUUGGACAUUAUAAACUGGAGGGAAACCCAAACGCUUCCACGCUCUUCUGCUUCGGCGUCAGAGGGCAGGCUGGAGGAAAGCUGCACAUCAUCGAGGUCGGUCAGCCUCAGGCCGGUAAUCAGCCGUUCACUAAGAAAGCAGUGGACGUGUUUUUCCCUCCUGAAGCGCAGACGGACUUUCCUGUGGCCAUGCAGAUGGGGACUAAGCACGGCGUCAUCUACCUCAUCACUAAAUAUGGUUAUUUUCACAUGUAUGAUCUGGAGUCGGGUGUGUGCAUUUACAUGAACCGCAUCAGCGCUGAAACCAUAUUCGUCACGGCCGCUCAUGAAGUGAAAAAUUUAAGGGGUCAAGUGCUGUCGGUGUGUGUGGAGGAGGAGAACAUAGUAAAUUACGUGGCUAACGUGCUGCAGAAUCCCGAGCUGGCGUUGCGUUUAGCGUUACGCAGCGAUCUUCCCGGAGCCGAGGAGCUCCUGACGCACAAGUUCAACACGCUCUUCUCUCAGGGCAGCUACACCGAGGCGGCCAAAGUCGCUGCAUCGGCUCCCAAGGGUGUGUUGCGAUCGGCAGAGACCAUCCGGCGGUUCCAGGCCGUCCCGGCGCAGGGGGUCCAGCCGUCUGCGCUGCUGCAGUAUUUCGGGGUCCUGCUGGACCGUGGGCAGCUCAAUAAGCUGGAGUCGGUGGAGCUCUGCAGGCCGGUGCUGCAGCAGGGACGAACACAGCUGCUGGAGAAAUGGCUCAAAGGAGAGAAGCUGGAGUGCUCGGAGGAGUUGGGUGAUCUGGUGAGGGCCGCUGACGUCACUCUGGCCCUCAGCGUUUACCUGCGAGCGAAUGUUCCUGCGAAAGUCAUCCAGUGCUUUGCGGAGACGGCUCAGUUCCAGAAGAUAGUGCUCUAUGCUAAGAAGAUGGGAUAUUCUCCAGACUGGGUGAUGCUGUUGAGGAGUGUGAUGAGAUCCAGUCCUGAUCAGGGCCUUCAGUUCGCUCAGAUGCUGGUUCAGGAUGAAGAACCGCUCGUCAACAUCAACCAGGUGGUGGAUGUCUUUAUGGAGGGGAAUCUAGUGCAGCAGUGCACUUCAUUCCUAUUGGACGCUCUGAAGAACAACAGGCCGGAGGAGGGGCCUCUGCAGACACGCCUCCUGGAGAUGAACCUCAUUCACGCCCCUCAGGUCGCAGACGCGAUCCUGGGGAAUCAGAUGCUCACCCACUACGAGCGUGCUCACAUCGCUCAGCUGUGUGAGAAAGCCGGUUUACUGCAGAGAGCUCUGGAGCAUUACAGCGACCCCUACGACAUCAAACGGGCCGUCGUACACACACACCUGCUCAACCCCGAGUGGUUGGUGAAUUUCUUCGGCUCUCUGUCUGUGGGCGACUCCGUCGAGUGUUUAAGGGCCAUGUUGGCCGCAAACCUGCGUCAGAACCUGCAGCUGAGCGUUCAGAUCGCCACCAAGUACCACGAGCAGCUGGGAACGCAGACGCUGGUGGAGCUUUUCGAGUCCUUCAAGAGUUUCGAGGGUCUGUUUUAUUUUCUGGGCUAUAUCGUGAACUUCAGUCAGGACCCAGAUGUGCACUUCAAGUACAUUCAGGCGGCGUGUAAGACGGGGCAGAUCAAAGAGGUGGAGCGCAUCUGUCGAGAGAGCAGCUGCUACAACGCCGAGCGCGUCAAGAACUUCCUCAAGGAAGCCAAACUCACAGAUCAGCUUCCUCUCAUCAUCGUGUGCGACCGCUUCGAUUUCGUCCACGAUCUCGUGCUCUACCUGUACCGCAACAGCCUGCAGAAAUACAUCGAGAUCUACGUACAGAAGGUCAAUCCCAGCCGGCUGCCGGUGGUGGUCGGGGGUCUGCUGGAUGUCGACUGCUCCGAGGACACCAUCAAGAGUCUGAUCCUCGCCGUACGAGGAGAUUUCAGCACUGACCAGCUGGUGGAGGAAGUGGAGAAAAGAAACCGACUGAAGCUGCUCUUGUCUUGGCUGGAAUCUCGUGUUCAGGAGGGCUGUGAAGAACCUGCUACCCACAAUGCAUUGGCAAAGAUCUACAUAGACAGUAACAACAGUCCUGAGUGCUUCCUCCGAGAAAACCUGCACUACGACAGCGCGACCGUGGGCCGAUACUGCGAGAAGAGAGACCCUCACCUCGCCUUUGUGGCCUAUGAGAGAGGACAGUGUGACCUGGAGCUCAUACAGGUGUGCAGUGAAAACUCCCUGUUUAAAAGCCAGUCGCGGUAUCUGGUGCGACGAAAAGAUCCCGAUCUUUGGGCUCGAGUUCUGCAGGAGACGAACCCCUACAGACGGCCGCUGAUAGAUCAGGUGGUUCAGACGGCUCUGCCGGAGACGCAGGAUCCAGACGAAGUGUCUGUGACGGUGAAGGCGUUUAUGACGGCCGAUCUGCCCAAUGAACUCAUUGAACUUCUGGAGAAGAUCGUUGUGGAGAACUCCAUAUUCAGUGAACACAGUUCGCUGCACACGAUCACGCGAGCGUCUGGACUCAAGCUCUGUCCCGCGCAGGUUCUGAUCGAGCACAUGGGGAAUCUGGAGCGGGCGUAUGAGUUUGCGGAGUGCUGUGCCGAGGGCUUGGUCUGGAGUCAGCUGACUCAGGCUCAGCUUCAGUCCGGUCUGGUCAAAGAGGCCAUCGACUCCUACAUCAGAGCUGGAGAGCCGUCGGCGUACAUGGAGGUGGUGGAUGCUGCCAGCAGAAACGAGAACUGGGAGGAUCUGGUGAAGUUUCUUCAAAUGGCGAGAAAGAAAGCCAGAGAGUCGUACGUUGAGACGGAGCUCAUCUUUGCUCUGGCUAAAACAAACCGUCUGAGCGAGCUGGAGGACUUCAUCAACGGCCCCAACAACGCUCACAUACAGCAGGCUGGCGAGAGAUGUUAUGAAGAGGGUAUGUUUGAAGCGGCCCGGCUGCUGUUUAAUAACGUGUCUAAUUUUGCUCGUCUGGCGUCCACACUCGUUCACCUCGGCGAGUUUCAGGCGGCUGUUGACAGCGCGCGAAAGGCCAGCUGCACACGCACAUGGAAAGAGGUGUGUUUUGCGUGUGUGGACGGAGAGGAGUUCAGGUUAGCGCAGAUCUCUGGCCUUCACAUCGUCACUCAUGCUGAUGAACUGGAGGAGCUCAUUCACUACUAUCAGGACCGUGGGUAUUUCGAGGAGCUGAUGGUGCUGCUGGAGGCGGCGUUAGGGCUGGAGCGCGCUCACAUGGGCAUGUUCACCGAGCUGGCCAUCCUCUACUCCAAAUACAAACCUCAGAGGAUGAGGGAACAUCUGGAGCUCUUCUGGUCUCGGGUCAACAUCCCUAAGGUGUUACGAGCGGCUGAACAGGCCCAUCUGUGGGCGGAGCUUGUUCUCCUGUAUGAUAAAUACGAGGAGUAUGACAACGCCAUCAUGACGAUGAUGACACGCCCCAGCGACGCCUGGAGAGACGCGUCCUUCAAAGAGCUCAUCAGCAAGGUGGCGAAUGUGGAGCUGUAUUAUAAAUCUCUGCAGUUUUAUUUGGACUAUAAGCCGCUGCUGCUCAACGAUCUGCUGUCUGUUCUCGCUCCUCGACUGGAUCACAGCAGAGCCGUCAGCUACUUCAGCAGGGUGGCGAAUGUGGAGCUGUAUUAUAAAUCUCUGCAGUUUUAUUUGGACUAUAAGCCGCUGCUGCUCAACGAUCUGCUGUCUGUUCUCGCUCCUCGACUGGAUCACAGCAGAGCCGUCAGCUACUUCAGCAGGGAUGCAUACGAUAACUUCGACUCGAUCGGUUUGGCUCAGAGGCUCGAGACACACGAGCUCAUCGAGUUCAGACGCAUCGCUGCGUAUCUCUACAAGAGCAACCAGCGCUGGGCUCAAAGCAUCCAGCUCUGCAAGAAAGACAAACUCUACAAGGAAGCGAUGCAGUUCUCCGCCGAGUCUCAGGACGGCGCUCAGGCUCAGGAUCUCCUGCGCUGGUUUGUUGAGGAGGGGAAGCGUGAGUGUUUCGCCGCGUGUCUCUUCAGCUCCUAUGAUCUUCUGGCUCCUGACCUGGUCUUAGAGCUGGCCUGGAGACACGGCCUCGUGGACUUCGCCAUGCCGUACUUCAUUCAGGUGACGAGGGAGUACCUGAGCAAGGUGGAUGAAUUAUCCGGACAGGUGAAGGUGGAUAAACUGCAGGAGGCUGAGGACAAGAGAGCGCCUGAAGACCAGACUCCUGAAGCCUCCUCCAUCGUCUAUGCUGAUGCUGAGUGGCAGUCAAACACACGUCACUCCUCAGACGGGUUUCCCAGCUUACGGUUUCACUCCUCCGGUGUACGGCUUCAACCUUCAGCCUUGAAUUUUCCCGCUAGGAAUUCUGGGAAUCGUGUGCCUGUGCUGCAUUCAGGAAGCAUGACGAAGCAUCUCUGCAAUCAAAUGAACAUCCAGCGCUACUUCCUUACAUACGUGUGUUGCGUUCACCGCUCAACAAGCUGCUCGUUAACUUAUAUUUUCAUUUGAAUCUGAUCAGAUCGCGCUGAUGAUGAGAGGAAGGACACUAAACCGAGCGACACUAGUUAGGGUGAACAGUACAGUAUUUGUAGUGACAAACUCAUUUCUUGGUUCUUUUGUCCAUUCUCGUCUGUUUUUAAUCGUUUGAUUCUGCAGUAUUAACUUUGUUUACAUUUCAAGCGGUACUAAAUUUCAGUUUUACAAUGUGAAAAUCUCACCAUCAGUGAUGAGCACAACCAAACGUCUGUUUAUUUCACGCUAGCUUGAUGUAGCUGUUACUUGCGCAUGAUUAUUGAAGCUUUUUCUGCUGCUGUUCAUCAUCCAUGUUACUGCAAGCCAUAUGCACUGUCUAUAUAAUGUUGUAGUCAAAAGAGACAUUAUUUUUUAGGAAAACAAUAUGCAAAAAAUACAAAAAGUGAUGUUUGGGUUGCUCAGUGUGUAGCGACUCCUUAGACUGAAGAGUCACAGAGAAUAAAGUUUACAUGUGCUGUUCAUUCUGUCUCACUCUCAAGUCACUUCAGGUCACAGUGUCUCACGUUGUUCCUGUUUAAUGUGGGUUUUGUAUGUUU